CGGGCGUAACCCCGGAAGUCCGCGCGGCGCGCAGUUCGAUUUGGCGGGUUGGGAACCUAGUCGCUGCGGGCGCGAUGUGGGAGCAAGUGAACCGCGCCGCCGAGGGCUUCUAUGCCCGCCUGCUGCAGGAGUUUUAUGAAGAAAAGAAAGGAAUCCCAACAGAUCCAUUUAUCUAUGAGGCUGAUGUCCAGGUGCAGCUGCUCCGCAAAGGCCAGCCCAGCCCUCUGGAAGCUAUUCUCAAUGAGAGCGAGGCUGCAUUUAUCGCAGGAAGAUGGCCUUUGGAGAAGAAAGAAACAAGCCAAGAUGAAGAACUGCCGUCUGAAGAAACAACCAUUUCUGAUCUCUCCACUGGUGAGAAUGUUGGGCCACUUGCCCUACCAGUCAGGAGGGCAAGGCAGCUAAUUGGAUUUUACACCAUGGCUCACAAUCCUAGUAUGACUCAUUUGAAGAUUGAUCAGCCAGUUACUGCCCUUCCUCCCCUUUGGGUAAGAUGUGAUGGUUCAGAUCCUGAGAAUACCUGCUGGCUUGGAGCUGAGCUUGUCACAGCAAAUAGCACCAUUACCGGAAUCAUCUUGUAUGUAGUCAGCUGUCAAGCUGAUAAAAAAGAUGUAAGUCUUGAAGACUUAAAAAAAUUGCAUAAGAAAAGACAUCACUCAUCCAGUGUCACGGCCAAGGGCUCUGCGCAGUAUGAACUCUUCAAGCCUGGCGUCAUGGACGACUGCGGCGCCUCAUCACGCUCGCUCAUCACCUUGGACGUCUCCUGGAGUCCCGUGGAGAAGAUCUUCCAGGCGCCUCCCCUCUCCUCCAGCGCAACUCUGAAUAUUAAAGUGGAAUCGGGAGAGACUGGCGGUCCUUUGAAUCAUCUCUACCGAGAACUGAAAUUCCUCCUUGUCUUGGCUGAUGGUUUGAGGACCGGAGUAACCGAGUGGCUGGAGCCCCUGGAAGCCAAAUCUGCUCUUGACCUUGUGCAGGAGUUCCUGAACGACUUAAAUAAACUGGACGGACUUGGAGAUUCUACAAAAACAGACACCGAGACAGUGAAGCAUGACAGUGCUGCUGUUGAUCGUUCCAUCGACUGUCUUUUCACAGUGCGGGAGGACCUCGACUUUGCCGAGCAGCUGUGGUGUAAAAUGAGCAGGAGUGUGGUUUCCUAUCAAGACCUGGUGAAGUGCUUUACAUUGAUCAUCCAGAGCCUCCAGCAUGGGGACAUUCAGCCCUGGCUUCAUAGUGGGAGUACCAGUUCACUGAGUAAGCUCAUCCAUCAGUCUUACCACGGAGCUAUGGAUCCAGUGUCUCUCAGAGGGACCUUCCCCGUGCAAAUGCUUCUGGAAAUUGGGUUAGACAAACUAAAGAAGGAUUAUAUCAGUUUUUUUAUAGGUCAAGAACUUGCCUCUUUGAAUCAUUUGGAAUAUUUUCUUUCACCAUCCGUAGAUAUACAAGAACAGGUUUAUCAUGUUCAAAAACUCCACCACAUUCUAGAAAUAUUGGUCAGUUGCAAGCUUUUCAUUCAUCUUCAACAUGAGCAGCUUUUUUCUUUAACACAAUCCUGUGUAAAAUAUUACAAACAAAACCCUCUUGAUGAGCAGCACAUCUUUCAGCUACCCGUCAGACCAACCGCCGUAAAGGAUUUGUACCAGAGUGAGAAGCCACAGAAAUGGAGAGUGGAAAUAAAUAGUGGUCACAAGAAGGUGAAAACUGUUUGGCAGCUGAGUGACAGCCUGCCUGUGGACCAUCUGAACUCCCCCAGAGUCGAUUUUUCUGAGCUAACAUUCAAUGGUAGCUUGGAAGAGAAGACGUGCUUCACCACUAUGAUCACCAGCAGCCAAGUGCAUUUCAAGUGA